UCCUGUUGGUUGCAUCUUUGAGGUUCGCAUGUGAAUUUGGCGGAGCCCUUCUCGAGGCGGUCACGCGCGGGUGGCCACCAGAGCGGGGUGGAAGUGCCCUGUGUCGCGAGGUGCAUUGCGAGGAUUGCGUGGCUGACCGGCAAAGGAUAACAGUCAUGGCAGUUGAUCCCUUGCAGCGACUGUGUUUACGACUUGCCGAAGAUGACGAGGUGGUCGUGGGCUCAAGGGCCGAUAAGACACAGCAGCGAGGGGCGCCCGACCCAGCCCUGGAAGCGCGCUACGAGUUUCUAUUCAACUUGGCAGCUGACGAGCCUGGUCGUUUCUUAACCCGAUAUGGCUCCACGCUGACGCAGCCCGAGCUGCAAGUUUUCAGCGUCAUUGAUGACUAUGAGGUGAGCUUCUUGGUGCGCAAGUACAAAGAUCGACUAACCAAUCAGCACAGCCUGGUCAAGAAUCGGCGAUACAUGGCCAUGCAGAGACUUUUGGCUGAGGGCACGUACUUUAGCCUAGAGGAGAUGCAGCGGCGCUGCCCUUGGCUUUAUGAUGCAAUGGUGGGGCAAUAUGUGACGGAUGAGCAUCUGCAGGCGCGCAUUGACGCACACAACCGCGGCACCUGGGCUGAGCAACUGCUAUCCCAAGUUGAGCAUAGCCAGACGAAUUUACGGCUGGAAGCUGAGGUCUACAUGAGUGGGGGUGGCACUGGCGAUGAUGAGGCGAGCCGGCCGGAGGACGCUGAUGGCGAUCCGGGGGCCAUUGGCCCAAUCGACUUUGAGGCGCGCGAAACGCGACGGCUGGCCAUGCCCACUGAAGAGCGGGAACGAUUAGAGGGCGAGUUUCGGAGCCUCAUGGAGCAGCGCUUUUUGGCUGGUGAAGAUGAAGAGUUUUUCAAUUACCGCGAGAUUGACACGGAUGAGACGCUGGAUGAUCUCAAGACGCGAGAGCGGGAUGAAGAAGAAGCCUGGUUUGAUGCAGACUGAUAAUGCUUGCAUGGGGCCGCUCUCGGCCACUUGAGCUGUGACUGGACGCUGCGCGUCAAUCAUUUGGUCGAGAGUUGUGAGCCUCAGGUCGACUGGACCACGGAGCCAGCGAAGCGUUUCUGCCCAUUUGAAUUUCCUGUUUUGCAAUUCAUCAUCAAAUCAUG